CAGUGAGACGCUGAAAGGGAAAAGCUACAGCUUCAAACAUCGAUGAGCAGACACUCAGCAUCUCCUGUAGACAGUGGAGAAGGUUAGCUCUCUCCGUGUAGUGUUAAAAAACGUCUUGAACGCGCAGUACAAGUCAGCGUGUAGUGGACUGGACGCUGUCAAGGAGCAGCUCCUGUCCUAAUUUGGCUGUGAGGACCAAACACCAGUCAGCUGCACAGCCACACUAGAGUCUAAGAUGCCCUAGGCGGAGAGCAAGGAAAUGUAAAUGGCUUCCAAAGUAAAAGAUGCUGUGGUGUGGUACCAGAAAAAGAUUGGCGCCUAUGACCAGCAGAUAUGGGAGAAAUCAGUGGAGCAGAGAGAAAUAAAGUUUAUUUCUCUGGGCUUGAGGAACAAGCCAAAGAAGACGGGACAUGUCAAACCAGACCUGAUUGACGUGGACUUGGUUAGAGGUUCGGCGUUUGCCAAAGCCAAACCAGAGAGUCCGUGGACAUCGCUCACCAGAAAAGGCAUCGUCAGGGUUGUCUUCUUCCCUUUCUUUUACAGAUGGUGGAUCCAGGUCACCUCCAGAGCAAUUUUCCUGUUACUCCUGGCUCUCUAUUUGCUGCAAGUUGGAGCAGCAAUCCUGUAUGUGAGCAUCCCUCAGCCUCAUGGGAUACCAGCCACUGAAGUGUUUGGAGCCAUCUGGCUCAUGUUAUUGCUGGGCACCGUCCACUGUCAGAUCGUCUCCACCAGAACACCAAAACCUGCCUCCAGCAGCGGGGGGAAGAGACGCAGGAAGUUGAGGAAAGCAUCUCAGAUGGAGGUGCAUAGGGAAGGCGACGGGUCUAGCACUACCGAUAACACACAGGAGGGGGCGCCACACUCCCACUCAGCCAGCACCACAUACAGCCUGGGCACUUUCUUCCAAGAUUUCUGGCAUGAUAUCUGUAAAGCUGGAUCCAAGAAGUCCAAGCUGUCCAUCGACAAAUCCACAGAGACCGACAACGGCUACGUGUCUCUGGACGGCCGGGUGACCAAUCGCAGCAGCGAGGAGGGGCUUCAGCUCCACGAGCAGCGCUGCGAUUCGCUGAACAGAGCUGACGAGGUGUGCUGGAACUCACACAUCCAGCCCACACACACUCACACACCCCGCAGCACGGGACUGAUGCUGGCAGGCGGCAAUAAGGAGCCGGCAUCAGAUGAGGCGUCCAGUGAGGAGGACCCUGAAGCAUCCUAUAGCGCCCUCCGCAGGGGAGUUGAGAGAAUGAACAGUGACUGUAUACUUCGAAACCGCAAAAAUACACACCACUACAAGAAACACUACGCUGUGGAGGAUGUCCCAAAGUCCGGCACCAGCUGCAGCUCCAGGUGUUCCAGUCUGAGGACUCAGGACUCAGAGAGCACUCGACAUGAGUCAGAGACGGAGGACCUGAUGUGGGAGGACUUCCUUCACUGUGCCGAGUGCAGAUCAUCCUGCACCUCAGAGACAGAGGGAGAAGGAGGAGGGGCGCCUGUUUGUCCUCCUGCUAAAAAAGAAUACAGAGAUGACCCCUUUCAUCAGGGUCACGUUCCCUGGCUGCACAGCUCAAACCCCGGUCUGGAGAGAGUGAGCGCCAUCGUGUGGGAGGGGAAUGAGUGUAAGAAGGCCGACAUGUCCGUCCUAGAGAUCAGUGGCAUGAUCAUGAACAGAGUGAAUCUCUACACUCCUGGUAUUGGGUAUCAGGUGUUUGGGAACCUGGUUUCAGUCACGCUGGGCCUCACUCCCUUUGCAUACAGGCUGGCUCAGUACCGAGACGUGGAUCAGCUGACCACGCUCUCAGCCAAUGAGCUGCUGUCUGUGGCGCUAGGAGGCGGGUCUGGUUCAGAUGCCUUGGUCAUCACGAUGGUAACACUCAGUUUCCUGGUGCGUGUUUGCCUUAUAUGGCUCUUCUUCUUCCUGCUCAGCGUAGCAGAGAGGACCUACAAACAGAGGCUGCUGUUUGCCAAGCUGUUUGGUCACCUGACUUCAGCACGCAGAGCAAGGAAAUCUGAAGUCCCUCAUUUUAGACUGAAGAAAGUUCAAAACAUCAAGAUGUGGCUGUCGCUACGCUCCUACCUCAAGAGACGGGGUCCUCAACGUUCAGUGGAUGUAAUCGUGUCGUCUGCCUUCCUGCUCACUUUGUCUGUGGUCUUCAUCUGCUGUGCCCAGCUGCUCCACGUCCAUGAGACGUUCCUGGAGUGUCACUAUAACUGGGAGCUGGUGAUCUGGUGUUCCAGUCUGUCUCUGUUCCUGCUCCGCUUCGUCACUCUGGGCUCUGAGACCAGCAAGAAGUACAGCAACACCUCCAUCCUGCUCACUGAACAGAUUAACCUGUAUCUGAAGAUGGAGAAGAAGCCAAACAAGAAAGAGGAGCUGACGCUGGUCAACAACGUCUUAAAAUUGGCGACUAAACUACUCAAGGAGUUGGACACUCCCUUCAGGCUGUACGGUUUGACGAUGAACCCCCUGCUCUACAACAUCACACAGGUGGUCAUCCUGUCUGCUGUGUCAGGAGUCAUAUCAGACCUGUUAGGAUUUAACCUCAAGCUGUGGAAGAUCAAAUCGUGACAUUAAACUGGGAAACGGCGUGGACCUCCACCCUCACUGACUGACUCACUGAAACCCGUUUGACUGAAAGAAGAACGUCGGCCUCGACAUAUCAGAGUGCUACCAACGUUCACACUUUGUGCAAUUCACAAACUAUUUAUUUACCCACUCAGUGUUUUUACUUAGGGUUUUUUGAAUUGUAGUUUGUUUCAUUUUUGUGUUCUUUGACACAAAGCGAUGCUAUAUUUUACCUGUCUACAAGAAGUGUUAGUAUUAUUAUUCAAAGCAUAAAUUAUUAUGUUUAACGGGAUGGUUCAUGUUCUCAGCUGCAUUUGCAAUGAUUCAUAAAUCUGAAAGCAAAGUAUUGAUGAGGUAAAAAAUUUUUUAUUGUAAUUUGUUUCACUUAAAGUUGUCAUUAUUUAAAUGUAAAGUAAGUUUGAAAACAAAAUUUAAGCUAUGUUACAUCUUUAGACAUGGUAUACAAUAGUGUUUUUCUUCUAAUUAUGGGAUGGUUCAAACCCUGAACAUUUUCAAGUAAGGUUCAGAAAAUGCUUUAAAUCUCGUAGUAUUUUAUGGUCAAACUACAGACACAAGCAUAACAUAUUAUCUUAGAAAUGACUGAUUUGCUCCAAUAAAAUGAAAAUCAAUCAAAUUAGAUUGUAAACAAACUGAAUUUCUAGCUUCUACGCAUCUAAGUGUGACAAAAUCAAUAUUCAAACAACUUCUAUUCUCUCCAGCUCCCAGACUACAGCAGAUUUUAACCUAUUUAGACCAGAUAAAACCUUCACAUGUAUACCUUUAUGUUUCAUAGCUCUUAUUUUUUUAAGGGAUGUGGCUGAUGAACUACAACAUUGGUUUUGGCCUCCUUAGCCUUUCUCACUUUAGGGAAGUGACAUAGAGGCCGACAACUGCAGCAUUUCAGAUGAAACCCAGGAAAGGAUGCGGAGCAUUCUGAUUUGAUUGAUUGACAACUUUAAAAAAAUGUCAACUAACUUCAAGGCAAAGGCAGUUUUUCUCAGUUAAACCAAGCGUAUAUGUUUCAUGUCUCCUUCAGAGGCUGAGAAAGAUUUUAGCACAGGUUGAAAAUCUGGGCAGGUUUUUUCAGAUACCCUUAGGUUUUUGGAGGCUGUUUUCAAAUGCUACUUUACUUUGGUUUAUUUUUAGGUGGACUCCUGUCUACAUGUGUUAAAGUUGCAUAAAGAAAGCUGUUUAAUCAAGUCAGCACUACAGAUUAAGGUUGGCAAAUUGCUGUCCAGCCUGAAGGAAUGGCCUCCAGGUUUUGGUCUGACUGGGAGGGAAAACAUCAGCACUGAAAAGAAACUAUCCUGCAGUUACUAGUUCAGUUCAGUUUGGUACACAUUUACCUUUCCAAAAGUUGAGAAAGGUACCGUAAUAACCGAUCUGUACCACCCUACUUUUUCGGCACCCUUCUGUUGGGAUAUAAAGAGUACCUAUCCGACCCUAAAGGGUGAAGCUAGACUCAACUAGUGAGGAUAAACGAAAAAAAAACCUGUGAAAGCACCCCAUGGAUUAUGAGACUAAUUUCAAGGCUGUUUUUUUUUUCUUUUUGCAAAUAAUGCCAGCUUGCACUGCUCCAUUGACGACUUUAGAUGUGCAGAGACAUCUGGAUGAUUCCUUUAGAAAUGAGAAAGUGUGAACCAAACCUGACUGUUUGCUGGAAGUGUGUCCUCAAAGAUAAAGCAACCUGGCAGUAGACUUGUAAAGAACAUUUUUGUUUGUUUGUUUUGGGGGGAGUUUAAUUUGCGUCCAGGCAUCCAGUUUGAAAUAAUUUCCAUCAACCCCUCUCAGUUGCUUUGACAGUAUUAUCGGCAAUAUCUGACAAGGUAGAGCGACGAUCAGGACCCCGGCCUGUUGCCUGCCACUGAACUUCUGUUCACGCUGAAAUUUGAAAAAAUUCACAGGAAUAUUUCUUAAAAUCUUCAAUUUACCUUGGCAGGAACAUCCGAGUGUCACAAAGAAAGCUGUAAAUAAGAAACAAUACAGACUGAGUGUCGUCUAGAAUUUUGGUUUUUGGAAAUGUGCUGCAUUUUAGGAAUAGUAAUUGGUCCGUUUUUGGAGCUCUCCUUUAGAAAAAUAACAAAACGGAGAGGAUUUUUAGCAUCUUUAGACAUCUUUGCAACAUCCUUGUUUUGUUGAAAACCUUCAAAUUUAACUCAUUAAAUGUUACAGCAGGCAUAAUUACUCUAACCUACAUAUCACAACUGCAUGAACUGUUUUUUUUCUGAUGGUUUAUGUGAGGACCACUCCACCACUCAUCCAUUUAUGAAGUUAUCUCAUGAACUCUACAACUUAAGACUUUUUGAACAUGAGUGAAUAUAUGCACUUUAAAAAUUUGAGUUUAAAUUGAAGAAAACAAGUCCCAUCUUAGAUCAGUGUAAAAAGGUUUUUUUCAUACCUCAUCUGUUUGGUACAGCGUGUCUGCUACAGAUCGAGCUGAUUCUUGCUCCUGUUUCUGAAAUCACACAAUACUCUCUGAAGUAAACCAUCCAUGGUACAUGAAGUUAUCAAGCCCACUGAAAACAUCUUCGAUGUGACACAAGCUGUAAAAGAGUUAGCAUGUUGCUAACGGGAACUAAACUCAUUCAUAUAGAUACUAGCAUAAUCAUCUUCAGUGUGUCUGAGGAAGAAGACCAAAGUGCUUAUUUUACUGUUUGUUUGUUUGUUUGUUUGACUCUGCUGGAAAAAGAAUGUAUUUGCAGCAUUAUGCUUUAAAUCUAUUUGUUUCCCUUCGGAAAUACUUUUAAGAUGUAUUUUUGUUCUUUGAUUGUGCAUUUGUAAAGUUUGUUCUCAAGUUUGUUUGAAAGAUGAGGCAUGUUUUACUGUUUUUAAAGAACAAAGGACUUUGAAUUGUAUGUAUGAACAUAAGUUUGGAGAAAAAAGGACUCUAUCUUGUGAUUCUGUUUUCAAAGAGUCUGAAUAUUUAGAUUUAGAUUUUUUUUGUGAACUGGUCUGUCCACAAGGUCUACAUUUUUAUAAGAAAAAUAAAAAGAAAUUGAUGUUCA